AUGGGAUCUACAAGAAGGGUUUUAGGGAUAGGUUCAUCAAUGGUGGGAAACUUGGAGGUGUCGAAGCUGGAAGGCGGCGGAGAAGGUUUAGGAGACAUUGCUGGUGUUAGGCUUGGAAGUGGAGGUGGUUUGGGAGGCGGUUUAGGCCGCCAUGUAGGUCUAGGAGAUGGUACUGUUGGUGGUGGAUUAGGGAACAAAGGCAACAAAGGUGGCUUAGUUCAUCAAGGAGGACUGGGAGGAGAUGGUUUAGGUUAUCACGGAGGGUUAGGAGGCGGUUUUGGUGGUGGAGUUGGAGUCCAUUGUGGUGGUGGUGGUGUCAAAAGAUGCAUAGGUGGUGGUGCUGGUGGAGGUGAUGGUUUUAGUUAG